AUGUCUGGCUACGAUCAGCUCCCACCCGAUUUUCUUGUUUUCAAUUACACACAGACACUUGAUCAUUUCGGCUUCAAACCAGAAAGUAACAUGACCUUCAAGCAGAAAUAUAUUAUCAACUCUAAGUACUGGGGUGGUGCAAACACCACCUCGCCUAUCUUCGUCUACACGGGCGAUGAGGCUCCUAUUGAAGGAGUUGCUGCCUACGCUGGAUUUAUCGUUGAACUUGCUUCGCGCUUUAAAGCUUUCCUGCUCUAUAUUGAGCAUCGCUACUACGGUGACUCAAUGCCAUUUGGAGAUAGAUCUAAAUCAUUUCAAGAUACUAGCACCCUUGGAUACUUCACCUCCGCGCAAGCAUUAGCAGAUUAUGCACAAUUGAUAACAUGUAUUAAGAAGAAUCUUUCAGCACAAAAUUCUCCGGUAAUAGCUGUUGGAGGAUCCUACGGUGGAAUGCUCGCUUCUUGGUUCCGUCUAAAAUAUCCACACAUAGUUAUUGGGGCUUUAGCAUCUUCUGCUCCCAUCCUCUAUUUUGAAGAUAUCACACCACAUGAUGGCUACGGUGCAGUUGUCACCAAGGAUUUCAGAGAAACUAGUGAAAAUUGUUAUAGUACUAUAAGAGAGUCCUGGUUUGAAAUUGACAAAGUUGCAGCUCAAACAAAUGGUCUAAUGAACCUUAGCAAUAUCUUCGCCACGUGCAUGUCUUUAAAUUCGUCGAGACAACUCAAAAAUUUUUUAGAAUUAUCUUAUAUGAGUUCUGCUCAGUACGACAAUCCCCCGUAUGACUUAGUUGGAACUAUAUGUAGAGCAAUAGAUGGAGUACCUCAAGAAACAUAUAUUCUUGAUACAAUUGCUAAAGGACUUAAUGCUAGCUUUGGAGGAGACUCAUGCAUUUAUGUGUUUGAUCUCAAGCCAUCGAACCAAAGUGGGUGGGAAUGGCAGAAAUGUACGGAGAUGGUGAUGCCUAUUGGGUGGGGACCUAAUGACACCAUGUUUGAAGCAUAUCCUUUUGACAUUAACAACUACACCAGGGACUGCAUUCAACUUUUUGGCGUCACACCCAGGCCUAAUUGGGUUACAACAGAAUUUGGUGGCCAUGAUAUAAAAUCUGUGUUAUCAAACUUUGGAAGCAACAUAAUAUUCUCCAAUGGUCUACGAGAUCCAUACAGUUCCGGAGGAGUUUUACAAGACUUAUCUGAUAGCAUCUUGGCUAUAUAUACAAAUGAAGGUGCUCACUGUGCGGAUUUACAAACUCCUGACCCGAAUAAUGACCCUCAAUGGUUGGUUGCUCAACGAGACAAAGAGAUAAAGAUCAUAGAACUUUGGAUUGCAGAGUACAAUGCUAAACUUACCAGCAAAGUUCUUGACAACAAAGCUCCUUAG